AUGGCGGGCAACCGCGCGAAAGAUGCCCAUGGCAAGCGCAGUGGGCCUUCGGUGGCAAAGGUCUCCUCGCGGCCGUUGCCAUUGUGGGAGAAAGGAACACGAACGAAAUCUUUCAACAUGACCGCUAGCGAGUCGCGGCAGUCGUACCUUACUGUGAGAACAACUCAUCAAGAAAAGACGUAUGAAAUGUUUCUGGGCUACGAGAAAGAUAUUGACCGCCACUCCGGGUACAUUUCUCGGUUCCACGUUCUCCUCUUCCUUGCGCUCACGACUCUGUCAAUCAUCAUCUGCAACAUCCAAAUGGGUUUGCUGACGGCUAAGACUCGGGUUGUUGUAUCCGAGGAGGAUAUUUACACUGAGCUCGUUGGCAUGAAGAACAUGUCUUCUACUCUCAGGAGGGUUCGGGCCCUGUCGAACCUCUUCGGCACAACAUACCAACGUGUCAAAGUCCAGACAAAUCCUCUGACGCCGUCGUAUCUCGAAGAUCAUGUGUAUCUGCAACUGUAUAAGCUAGCAAUGCAACUGAUCAUUGGGUUUGAAGAUGUUCGGACCUUCGGCAAUUCCAUACGGUCAGCCACGCAUUGCCUAAACCAGAUCUCAACGUCGGCCGCGGGCGGGCCAUUGAACAACUCGACUUGUCCUCUGAAAACGGCAAUCCAGCGGCUCAAAACAAUCGAUCCACAACUUGCCGGCCAACUGCGAGAGGCUGUGAUUUCCAUGAAGGUGCCUCUGGCCCUCGUACUCGAACAGAAGAUCUUGGAUCUCUACCCCAGUGCCUGGCCAGACGUGUAUGACCCGUACAAAUUUACGCUGGGUCUCAUGAGCCAAGGCCGCUUCCGAGAGGUCUUUGAACGUGCCGAUCUAUACUUUGAAGAGCUCGAGCAAAUUGUAGACGUCCUCCGUUCCAUACGAAUUUGGCCAAAGCUCCUCCUUGCCCCGAGUCUCUGCGCUGGCCUCCUCACGUCUGCCAUCCUUCUCUUUAUCUUCACCGUUCAGCACUACUCAGCGCAGAUCGCGGAAGCUUUUCGAGUCUGUCAAGAUGCCGUGGCCAGGUCGGACGACGAGGUCCAGUCGAAAGUCGGCGAUAUGUCCAACGUCAUGUUCGCCUUGCUGGAGUGCAGAAUUCUUCCGCGUCUCCACCCGCUCUGCGGCAUGGCUUCGCUUCUCCUGACCAGCGGCAAGCUCACUGUCUACCACUUGAAGCUGUUGAAAAUCAUUGAGAAAUCAGUCGCUGAUAUCAUCGCCUCGUCCGUCAACGUGCUUGACUACAUCGCGGCCGAAACAGAUCUCUCGCCAACCAACGCAGAUCUCGCCAACUUGCGCUCGCUCAUCGAGGACUGCCUCGAGUCCUUCCGCCCCAAAGCGACCACCAAGCAGCUGCCUUUGAGCUGCGCCUUCGGCGCAGGAUGUCCCUCCUCCGUUAUGGUCGAUACAGCGAAGCUGCGCAAGGUCCUCAACCAGACCCUCGCAUACGUGUUCGACCACACAUUCGACAAAGGAAUGGGCAUUGAGGUCUACAUCAACGCGAACGCCAGCCGCGCGACCCGAGAGCCAGAGAACUCCUCCCUGUUCCGCCCCUACGACAUACACGUCGAGGUGAAGGGCUUGGGCGUCUGCAUGGAAAACCAGAAGGCGCAGAUGAUGGUGCAGACGAAGGGCCUGAUGGACCGAAGCGGGCAAGGCCUGCGCGUGCUGGUGUCGAGUCGCAUCGUCCAGUCGCUCGGAGGCAGCAUGAAGAUCCAGUCUUCGCCUCUGCGUGGGACGUUCUUCUCCUUCUCCAUUCGCGCGAAAGGACGAACGCGCCUCGCCGACCUCCAUAGAGACUUCAGCCUUAUUGCGGGCUGCCGCCUGCGCAUCGCGACGCUUGGCCUACCGCAGGAGACGCGCCGCUCUUUCUUCUUCCUCUGCAAAGACAUCGGCGUCGACUGCGUGCACUGCUACGGCCUCCAGCAGCUCCUCGAAGCCGUCUCCGAGGACUCCGAUGCGCCCACCGCGGCCAUUUUCCUCGGCGACUUCGUCCAGUUCACCGCCGAUCCGGCCGACCCGAGCUCUCGUGCGCUGUCUCCUUCGGAGGUUUUCGAUAGAGUGCAGGUCGCGUCUUCGAGUCAGAAUCGGCGCAGCGUCAAAGUCUUUCUGGCCUCCAUGGACUCCGACCCGGCCUCCGUGGCGAGCCGGGGUGGAACGGUCGCGACGCGCCUCUCGCAGGGAGAAAACUACGUCUGGCUCCAUCUCCCGGUUCACUCGAGCGUGCUCAUCGGGCUCAUCGUCCGCGGCUGCAAAGGCGCCUCGGUGGAAGGCACGGAAGACCUGCAGGCGUGGAUCGCGAAGCAGGCGAUGCACCGGUCUCAGAGAGCGAGCUUCGAGCGCGGAAACCUGGCGGCAGUCCUCCCGCAGGGCUCCUCCGCAGGGCGAGGCACGCACUCGGGCUCGGUGUUCCUGAACUCUCCCGCCGCAGCUUCGGCGCGCCGCGGAGCGGAGGAGACACGCGACUCCGUCGGCUCGUUGAGAAGCAAGUCGGCGCGAAGCUUCCUCCCGCGACGCCUCACCGGCAGCCCCGAGGACGGCGCGGGCCCCAGCGACGAGGCCGCCGCAGCUGCUGAGACCGAGAGCGCGCCUUCCGCGGAUUCGGAGGAGGACGAGGCCCAGGCGCUGCUUCCCCUGCCAAACGAAGGCCUGUCGAGUUUGUUUUCGAGGCCAGACGCGAUCCCCGAGUGUCUCUAUCCAGACGUCAACCGCGUGAUUCGCGUCAUCGACGACGUCGGCUUGUCCCGACCUACGGAGGACAUCUCCCGCGCGUUAACCGAGGAUCCCCCGGCUCUCUGCAGGUCUCGGUGCUUCGCGGACGCGUACGACGUCUCGCUCGCGCUUGCGCAGUACUACCAGGCGCUGCCUGUGACAGACGCAACCGAAGACGACGCGCCGCCCCCGUCCUUCUUUUUGUCGUCCGAGGCGCGCGGGCCUGCAUUCCGCGAAGGCGAGAGCGGCGACGACGCACGCUUUCUUCCGCGAAAACGACAGGAUCCUCGCGCCCUCAUGAACGGCCUCUCUUGCCUGGAAAUCAAACUGCCGCUUGAGCAUGAAAUACAGGCCUACUUCAACCUCGUCUCCCCCACCGCGCGCACGGGCGAGCCGCUGACAAUGCACCAGCUGCUGCACUGGGACUUCCACGUUUUGAAUUUAUCGCCGGCGAGCGCUGUCCUCGUCACGAGAGACUUACUCAGUCAGUUCGCAUCGAAAGCGAAACUGGAAAUUCCCGGCCAAGUCAUCAUGGCGUUCUCCGUCGCGAUCUAUAAAAACUACCGACCCAACCCCUAUCACAACUUUCACCACGCGCUCAACGUCGCACAGGUUUUGUGUCUGUUGCUCGCGCUGCCGGACGUCGCGGCGCAGUUCACUCCGAUCGACUACUUGGUGCUUUCAGUCGCGGCGCUGGGUCACGACAUCGGUCACCCGGGCGCCAACAACCUCUUCAUGACCCGCUUCAACUGUUGGCCGUCGAAGAUCUAUCAGAACGUGUCGGUCCUCGAAAACUACCACGCCGCGAGCCUCUUCCAAAUCCUCAGGAAUCCGGCGUUCAACGUAUUUUGCUCGCUUUCGCCGGCGAGCUUCUCCCCUAUUCGCAAGCGCAUCAUCAGUGCGAUUCUGUGGACGGACAUGGCGAAGCACUUUGACGUCGUGGCCAAGCUGCAGGCGAAGAUUCAGGGCGAGAUGGUUCUCGCGGAGGGCAUCAUCGUCACGCUGACAAAAUCGUACCUGGAGGGGCUCCUGCUGCAUGCCGCGGACAUCAGCAACCCCAUGAUGAACUUCGACAUCUGCCGCGACUGGGCCUUCCGCGCCUGCGACGAAUUCCAUCAGCAGAACAAGUUGGAAGAAUCCAGCGGCUUCGCGCCGUUCAUGCCCAACUUUCAGCACUUCGACGCGUACAACGUGGCGAAAUGCCAAAUUGGGUUCAUCGACGGCAUCUGCAAACCGCUCUUUAACAGCCUCGCGCUGAUGUUUCCAGCGCAGCUCGGCGACCGCGCGACGCAGCUGCACAAAAACCGGUAG